AUUCCGUCGUCCCCUCGGUGCCGAACGUUCGCCAUCUAUUGUCAGCCGGCCAGUGUCCGGCACUCCGACUGGUUUCAACACUCCCGCUGAAUGCCACAUCGCAAUCAGCCACGAAGCCUAACGUUUGUCAGUGUAAAACUCCCCGGGGCCACGUGAGACCUGCGAGCCAGUAUAACCCCAGAGAGAUGUCCAGGAAGUACUCAAGAUAAAGCUGUCAUCGCCAUGGAGAGAAGCAGAACGAUAAGGUUAUCAAGUACGUUUCCUAGAAGCCUCUGUGAGACCCAUGAAUAAUGGACCGCCAGUGAUAAUCGAAGAGCAAAUAAAAUUGCCCACUAAAAAAAACUCUAAAAUCGUAACACCAGUGAUCAGUCAAGAUGCAGGUGAACGACAAUGUCUGGUGGCUGCAGGUCGGUUCAGCCCUGUUCUACGGAUUAUCGUCUGUCCUGAUAACAUUUGUAAACAAAACUGUACUGACGUCGUACAAUUUUCCAUCGUUUCAAGUUCUCGGCAUUGGCCAGAUGUUGGCGACAAUAGUCGUCCUCUCGUUAGCUAAACAAUUUCGUUACGUUGAUUUUCCUAACCUCGAUAGAUCGACGGUGAGCAAAAUAUUUCCCCUGCCCCUGAUAUACAUCGGGAACAUGAUAUUUGGGCUUGGGGGGACCAAGCAGCUGAGUCUACCCAUGUUCACAGCGUUGAGGAGGUUCUCGAUACUCAUGACUAUGAUCGCUGAGUACUACAUUCUCGGGGUCAAACCGAAAACAGCUGUUCAGCUGUCAGUUUACACGAUGAUAGUGGGGGCUCUUCUUGCUGCCUCCGACGAUCUCGCCUUCAAUUUCGAGGGCUACGUGUUCAUAUUUCUGAAUGAUAUGUUCACAGCUGCUAAUGGGGUUUACACGAAGAAGAAGCUGGAUGCCAAGGAGUUGGGGAAGUACGGGCUCAUGUACUAUAACUCGUUGUUUAUGAUUGUGCCGGCUGUUGCGGUCGCCUGGUGGACUGGACACAUUGACUCGGCACUCAAGUACAAACACUGGGGGGAUCUCGUGUUCCUGGGGCAGUUUGGCCUCUCCUGCUUCAUGGGGUUCAUUCUACUUUACAGUAUUAUGGUGUGCACACUUCAUAAUUCAGCCCUCACUACGACUAUUAUUGGGUGCUUGAAGAAUAUCAGUGUCACUUAUCUGGGGAUGAUUGUCGGGGGUGAUUAUAUAUUCUCGUGGUGGAACUUUGUUGGACUCAAUCUCAGUGUUUUGGGGAGUCUUAUUUAUACAUGGGUCACGUUCAAGAGGAAAGAGAGUGGAGAACCGAUGUAUUCGCCUCUUGGGGGACCCACCAAAGUGGAAGUUAUUGUUCUUCUGGGAAGAAGACUGCGCUCCACGUACGGUGGUGAAGCAUUCAUUGAUGACUUCACCAGAAAUCACGUGAGACUGACCAAUCUCCAACGUGCCAUUCUCGCGUGUGGCUCAGCAGCUGUGUCUCUCGCUGAUCCUUUUCGUGCGGAUAUGAUCGCUUGCCUCGGCGAGACAACCGGCAAAUUUGCUUUACUCCACUGUUACGAUAAAAUGAAAUCCACGGAUGAGGGAAUGAGGAUAUUAAAUGAAAAACCGAGGAUCAGCACCAGCACGCUCGACAUGAAGUGGCUGGAGGAAUUGCCCGAGGGGACGUUGGGAAAAACUUACCACAAUUUUUUAAAAGUUAAUAACGUAACUCCAGACUCCCGCGAUCACGUAAAAUUCGUGAACGAAAUUGAAUUGGCAUACGUGAUGCAGCGUUACCGCGAGGUGCACGACAUAUUUCAUGCGGUUCUGCUCAUGCCAACAACAAUGCUAGGUGAAGUGACAGUCAAGUGGGUCGAGGCACUGCAGACACGUUUGCCAAUGUGCAUCGGUGGUGCUGUCUUCGGUGCUGUGCGCCUGAGACCGAGACAGAGGCAACUCUACACAAAGUACCACUUGCCGUGGGCCAUAAACACCGGUAAGAGUGCUGGAUUUUUACUAUCAAUUUACUUCGAGGAACGAUGGGAGCAACGACUCGAUGAUUUUCACAGAGAGAUGAACAUCCAACCACUGGCCCAACUCGCUCAUAAAUAAACUCAUCCGUUCCUUUAGUUUGCUCAAUUAGUACACAGUAUAACAAUUUUUUUUUAUUGAUUGUAACACUGGAAAUAUUAAGAAUAUAAUUUUCAAUGGAGUUACGAUAUAA